AAAAGAAGCCCAGGAAAUGUGUGACUGGAUGUCGCCUCAUCCUCCCUGCCUUCUUUUGUUCUUUGGCACACCCCGUUGUUCUCAUUCCUCAUUCAACACUCGAUCGCUUUCUGUCCCUUACUUCCUUUGGAUCAAUUGUCUUUUCUGCCACACCACACAACGACCUUUAGCUGCAUUGGACCAUCAUUUUUUACCUUCUUGCCUUCUACAGCUCUUUCCCGUUAUCUUUGGUCUGAAUCAUGUCCGUUAACACAGUCAGAAGGGCCGGCAAGGUCAAGUUUUUCAAUAGCCAGAAAGGCUUUGGAUUCAUCUAUCCUUCUGAAAGCACUGAUGCCGCUCCUCUUGAUGAAAUCUUUGUUCAUCACACCGCCAUCCACAACGAUGGAGGAUUUAAGAGUCUUGCAGAGGGUGAAGAGGUCGAGUAUGAUCUUGUCCAGGGUCCCAAGGGAAUGCAAGCCGCUAACGUGACAGGUCCCAAUGGCGCACCCGUCCGCGGCGAUCCUAACGUUGGCCGCGGCGGCUACGGGAAUGGAUCAUUCAGGAGUACUGGUGGCCGCUACGGCGGUGGCGGCUAUGGCGGCGGCUAUGGCGGAUUUGGUGGGCCAAACUCAUUUGGCGGCGGCUAUGGAGCGAUGGGCAACGUACCCUAUGGUGGUCAGGGCGCCGGUGGUCAGCCAGGAUAUGGCCAGGGCUAUGGCCAGCAGCAACAAGGAUAUGGAAGUAGCACCGGGUUGCAGCAGGGCAACAGCCAGUUCCAGUACGGAGGAUACCCGCAACAGAACUACAUGGGCGCCAAUGCUGGCAUGCCAUCCCAGCAGGGUGCUCAGCAGUCGAGCCCACCGGGCGCAUCCUUUGGGGGACAGCAGCAGUUUGGUGGACAUUAAGGCGACGCCUGUUUUAGGACUAGGCGAUGAACUCAGCACCCCAGCUGCAGUCAGACCAUAUUAGGAUGAGGCAGCGCAUCGGCUGUUUGUGGCCCCUUCUUUUGGAAAUAAAUGAACUUCAAUCAACAACCGCCGUGGGUGGGUGCGCAGAGGCCCUUUGGAGUCCAGCCAGAGAGGCUCGAAUGCGCGUCACACGGGAUCUGAAGACAGGUCUACAAUUCAAAACAGAGUAAAAAAAAAAU